UGUAUAGCGAAUCACGUGUCGAAACAUAUCUGAGCCGACAGUCAGUCUUUGAUUUUAGUCUUUGAUUCAAUUGUUGGCCAAAAAUGCGGACCAGAAGUGGACAGAAGUAUACGGAAGGAGACGGAGCACCGCCCUCCCGACCCCCGCCUCCCACCACUCCCAAGAAGAGCGAACCGAAGGCCAAGAAAGAGACGACGGCCAAGAAGAAAGAGUUGGCGACUCAGUCGGCGCCCAAACGGCUUCGAAGAGGCGCUGCGGCCGAAGAGAGCGUCAAAGAGAGUGCGGCGAGAGAAACGCGAAACACUAGAAGUCAACGCAAACCGACGGCAGAAGAGAGACAACCGGCGGUCGCGAAGAGCGUCCAGAAGACCACCAGAUCCAGAGGCGAGAAGAAGCCAACCGACGAGCCGCCUGUCGAGGAAGUGGUGGCCGAAGAAGAGUCACCGAAAGAGCCGCAAACUCUGGAGACAAAACCGGAAUCAAAAGUUGCGAAGAAAGAGACGAAACCGAGGCUUCAGAGGAAGACAAAAGUUGCCGAAGAAGUGAUUGAACCGCAAAAGAGUGAUGUAAUCGAAGAAAAAGCGACUGAAGAAGUGAUUGGCAAAGAAGCGGUUAACGAAGAGAUUCCGAAAGAGAGUUCCAAACAAAAGCCGAAGCAAUCGAAACCUGUUUUGAAGAGAGCGGCGAAGACUUCGACGAAAGUCACAAAAGUUGUCGAAGAAGUGAAAGAAGUGAAUGAAACGCAAGAUAAAAGCGAAGAAGUCGUGGAAGAGAAGAGUGAACCGCAGAUAACAGAAACAGCAGAAAAGACACCGACCGAAGAAGUGAUGGAAGUAGUGGUGAAUGAGAAGAGCGAAGAGGUUUCGGAAGAAAAGCCGAUUGAAGAGGAAAUAACAGUCAUAGAAGAAGAGAAAAUGGAUUCGAGCUCAGAGUCACUGAAGAGGAAGGAAAGCGAAAGAGAUGUCGAUUCGGCGGAAGAGGAACCCAGCAAAAGGCAGCGCGUGAGUCGUUUCGUCAUGCCUUCGGUUCCGCCGGUUUCGGGACAACUGUUUUCUUUCGGCGAAGAGAUUGCCGGCGAAUUGGGUUUACGACAGAAGCGCUUGAAUGAAGUGAAGGUUCGGCCGAACGAGCCGUCGGUUGUGAAGGAUAAAGACAACAAUGCGAUCGACUCCGCGGUUGCCGUCGUUUGCGGAGCAAUGCAUUCGUGUUGUUUGACGUCUUCGGGAAAAGUGAUUACUUUCGGCUGUAAUGACGACUCGGCGCUCGGGAGAGACACCCGAAUGGCUGACGAGACGGACGACAGCAUCGAAGAGGACGACUCCGAAGAGAAGGAGUGCCGAACGCCGCGAGCCAUCGCCGGACUGCCGGAAGUGAUCAAAAUGACGGCCGGAGACAUGCAUACGUGUGUCCUCUGCAAAGACGGUUCUGUCUUCGUUUGGGGAAACUUCAAAGAUGAGUCCAAAAAGUUGGGUCUUUUCGUCGACAGUCUGAAGAGCGACGGCAGCGCCGACUACAGGCCAACAGCUGUUCCGAAACGCGUGGACGUGAAGAGCAAAGUGGUGGACAUCGCGUCGGGCUGUCACCACAUUCUGCUGCUCACAGACGAGGGCCAAGUGUUGAGUUUCGGCGAGGGAUCGAAAGGACAGUUGGGACGCAUCGAGAGUCGAGACCUGCAGUCCGUGGAGACGAACCGGAAGUUGUUUCUGGAGCCACAGGAAGUGCACUUUGGCGCCGACGGCGUCGUCAUCGAGAAGGUGUGGGCCAAUCACUGGUCGUCUUACGCCAAGUCCAUUGACGGCGAUGUCUACGGCUGGGGACUCAAUAACUACCAUCAGUUGGGAUUCAAGAGCGACGGAUGCGUCGAAGUGACGAACGCCGAUCCCAACGAAUCGCAAACCAGUCUCAAACUCAUCAUCGAAUUAAAACCAAUCAAAUCGCCGCAAAUGCCGGCAAACGUCCAGAUGAUAGCCAACGGUCAGCACCACGUGUUGGCCCUCGACUCGGAGGGCCAGGUGUUUGCGUGCGGUUCCAACACGUACUGCAAACUGGGCUUCAAGAGCGACAGCGCCGGCGACCAGACGGUCGACACUCCGCGACUGAUUCCCCGCUCGGCGUUCGGCGACCAGAAGGUGUUGCGCGUCGCGUGCGGCGAGUUCUGCUCGCUGGCCAUCACGGCCUCGGGUCACGUGUUCGGCUGGGGUCAGGGCUCCAAACACAUCGGUUCGCAGGACUUUACGGACAUCGAAGUGCCGACGCGAGUGCGCGGAGUGUUGGCCGACGAGACGCGGUUCGCGUCAGUGUCCGCCGGCUCUCAACACACUCUUCUCGUGGGCUAUGGGGCGGCCGUUAACGGCAAAUAAUUUAUGUUCAAUUAAAUCAUUAUUAGUUUUGUUUGCAUUUUAAGUGAAACACAUUUUAGUUGUUUUUAUGUCCGGAAUUGAGUCACGAAUUCAUUGAGAGUUUAAAUGAGUUUUAAUUAUGAAG